CUAUGUGCACAGGGGCCUGUUCCAGAGUGGUGGGGGCUGCCCUCUGGCCCUUCGCCCUCCUGUGCAUUGUGGCCAACCUCCUGCUGGCCUUUCCCAACUGGACGACGGAGUAUGUGCAGAACAGGGGCCAGCACCUCACUCCCGAAGUCCUCUACCUGGGGGGGGUCGUUGGAGGCGGGAUCAUGGUGCUGGUGCCAGCCAUACACAUCCAGGCCACUGGGCGCCAUGGCUGCUGUGCGAACCGCUGUGGGAUGUUCCUGUCGGUGCUGGCUGCAGCCGUGGGGCUGGCGGGCUCCCUCUAUGCCCUGAGCGUCUCGGCGCUGGGGCUGGUGCGUGGGCCUCUCUGCAGGAUCCAGGAGAACGGGACUCUGUCCGGGUGGGAGCGCCCCUUCUGGCGCCAAGAUGAAGAGGAGGCCGGCUUCUUCAGCAACUGGAACAGCAGCAGCUACCUCUUCCAGCGGGAGCUGUGGGAGCUGUGCCGGGAGCCGGAGGGGGUGACGGAGUUCAACGUGAUCCUCUUCUCGCUCAUCCUGGCCUCCAGCGGGGUGGAGGUGCUCCUCUGCGCCCUCCAGGUGCUCAACGGCUUCCUGGGCUGCCUCUGCGGCACCUGCAACCCAGACAAGAAGCCCCCGCAGCAGCAGACCCGUUACUGAGGCGGUGAUGAGUGAGCGCCUGCCGGCCUUCUUCCUCCUCUGCCCUGCGUCUCCACUGAAGACCCCCUCCGCCCCCUUUGCCGAGGAGUCCCGCCAGUCUGGGAGCAGCAGCCCCAUGGAUUGGCCACCGACCGCUCUGGCAGAACCUCCCCAUCUGAGCAGGCAGCCGUGGCACAAAUAAACUCCCCCACAUCCUCCCCCC